CGGCCAAAACCCAACAAGAACAGAGCAGUAGCACCAGGCACGAACCCUAGGAAAUCUACCCAGAAAUUCCACCCGAAUCGGGGCUGUAUCGUAGGGAGUAGUCGGCGCGGGGAUUGGAUCGAAGCGGACCGGGCAGGAGCCGAGCAAAUCAUCUGAAGAAGGGUAAGGAUUGCCGUGCGGGUUCCGAGCUGUGGGAAUCUUUCUGAGGUAGGCAUCUUUAGAUCUUAUAGUCAUAGUGAAAGAGCAGAAGCUAGGCUGGGAACAAACAGAAAGGAGAAAAUUUCUUGUGUCGAUCCAGGAGAAGAGAAACAGGACUCAGGGCACCAAGAAUAGGAAAGAGCAGAGACCAGGACAACCGUAUAACAACAAGAUGCAUGAAUCGAGGACUGCCCGCAGGCCGGCUCUCGCCGACAUCUCUGGUGGUGGGUUCUUUAUCAGGAGAGUAGAAUCGCCAGGAGCUGUGCUGGUGAAAGGUGCUGUCAAGCCGCUGGCUCGACGCGCCCUGUCACAGUCAAGCAACAAGGAGAAUGUGCCACCAGUGGGAGCUGUGAGGGGUGCACCAAAGAGGAAGAGCCCGUUGCCUGACUGGUACCCGAGGACUCCACUCCGUGACAUCACAUCAAUCGUCAAGGCAAUUGAAAGGAGAAGUCGUCUGCAGAAUGCUGCAACUGAGCAGACGAUCCUGUGGACAGAAGAUUCUUCCCAAUCUGUGGAUCCAAUAACUCCAGCAUCUGCAGAGCAGGGUGUGCCAACAAUUGAGGGAGGUCAAGCUGUUGCACGCCAUGCAACUUCUUUGGGGGAUGGCAAGCUGAAGACAUCUUCCUCUCCAUUUGACUGCUCCUUGCAGGCCACUCCAUCCAAACCAAAUGAUCCAGCUCUCGCAGAUCUCAUGGAGAAGAAGCUGUCCAACUCGAUAGAGCAGAUCGAAAAGAUGGUCAGGCGAAACCUGAAGAAAACUCCGAAGGCCGCUCAGCCUUCCAAGAGGACCAUCCAGAGUCGCAUCCUGAUGUCCAUGCGAUGAGCUGAGGAAGCUGUGCUCUGUCAUGGUUUCCAGAGUCGCAUCCUGAUGUCCAUGCGAUGAGCUGAGGAAGCUGUGCUCUGUCAUGGUUUCCUCUUGUCUGCUGCUUUCUUAGCGGCUAGUCCUAACCAAUCAUUAUUUCAGUUUUGCCUGAAGGAGGGUGAGGGUUCCUGGUUCUCUGCUUGAGGACCCCAGGGGUAUGCGGCUUACUAUAGCUCUCUGCUUGAGGGUACAUAGUAUUAUGGUGACUACGAUUUCUAUACGUUUAUAGCUUGAACUGUGUAUAGCCUCUCUACAAUUUUAAGCACCAUGAAUAAGUGAUGCAUGGUCUUUUUAGUUUGAGAAAUUAGUAGUUCCUCUGUAUAGUUAUGGUGUAGAACGGAUGUGAGAAGUGUUAAACUUGUCGCAAUGACUGACAGAUUGAAUACUGCUGUUGCUGAGUAGUUCCUCUAUACUGCUGUUGCCGAGUAACAUAGCAAAAUUUUGGCAAUCAGUAAUGAAUCACCUUACUGAUGUCAGUUAUGAA